AUGCAGCUCCCACGCCUGUUCCUGCUGCCGCUGCUAGGCCUUCUCACGCUCGGCUUAUGCAGCACUUCCUCCUCCUCCUCCUCCUCCUUAGACGACGAAUUCACGCUCCCCCCCUCCUCCGCCUCCGCUGCACAAAACACCGUAACGCUGCACGCAUGGCCCUUAACCUCCGCCUCCCCCACGCCUUUAGGCAAAGCCACGUGGAGCAGCACGACGCUCGCGGGGAGCUGGGAGCUUCUCGGCGAUGCUGCUUUGGGCGACGGCGACGCAGAGGAGCUGGUGCGCGUUGGCGUUCCGGCAGAGGAUGGGACGUGGAGUGGUAGUGUUACUACUCGUGGAAUGAUACGUGAUGGCGCGGUUACGCUGCGCUGGGAUGCCGCGGAUAAGAGGGUCUGGUUCGUUGAGGUGGCGAUGGCGGUGGAGGCUGCGCCGAAGGUUAUGGUUGUGAAGGCUGCUCCCGGAGUCAUGCCCGAACUCAACAAGCCGAUCGUUUUGACUGCCGACGGGAAGAUCCCGGUACCGCAGGUGGAGAAGACCUUACUCCAAAAGUAAUUGCAUGAUUCACGUUACUGGGCGAGCGAUGCUAACCGUUGGUGAUUAAUAGGUACUGGUGGGUCCUACUCGCCGGCGUCUUUUUGCUGAUUUCGGGAGCAGGGGGAGGAGAAUAAGAUCAUAGACUCUUCCUUCGAUUUAUAUAUACCAACUUUCUUCUUUGUACAAGAACUGCAUCUGUAUCUGGGGGUGCGUGACCUAUGUGAUAUUUUGAUGUGGUCCUCUCUCCCCCAUCCCAUCCAUCCAUUCCUGAUAUCAUAUGCAUAAAAAGAAAGAAAAAACUUGAACAAAACACCGAUCCAAAACAAUAAAGAGAUCAAACUUUAAGGAAAAGAAGGAAAAAAGACACAAGCG